GAACUUUUUGCCUCCUCCGACCAACCAUCUGCACAUCAAAUGAUGGCUGCUGCUAAGUGGCUGCCGAGUCUGCUGGUGGUGCUGCUGGCUGCAGCGUAUCUGGCUCACGCACAGGACAGGAUUAAGAUGUGUGGGCGAGAGCUUAUCCGUCUGGCCGUCUCAUCCUGCGGGAACUCUCGGCUGAGGAGAAGCAUCCCGGACGCAGAACUGAGCCAACAGCAGCUCACCGCUGGCUCUGACCAGGAUUUCUCCACUGAGGAGGACCAGGCGUCAGAGACAAUCCAUGCCCCCCUACAGUCUGAUGAGAACAGGGUCGCCUCCUCUUUGGCUCCUCACUGGCACCCCCUGACCUUUCGAAUCAGACGAGCUGCUGGAAAAAUAUCUGACAUUUGCUGCGAGAAAGGAUGCAGCAUGAAAGAGCUUAUUCAGUUUUGCUAAGUAUAGCUCUACCACUUGUCCAACAGUGGAAAAGAAGAUUUUAUUUUGGGCUGUGAAGUCGUGAGGGACCUUUGCCAAGUAAACAAUUUUUGAAAAAUCUAGUCAAAUAAUUCAAUAUGUUUCAUGUGACUUAAGAAAAGCUUUGAUUAAAGGAUGGAUUGCUCUGUGUGCAAGGGACAGUAAAAACAGAGAAAAACAAAGUGAACACGGGCUUUAUGGAGAGAGAUCAAAUCAGAUGCUAUUUAUUUGUAUUAGUAUAAUUUAUUUCAGUAAAAUCAGUGCAAAACAGACACACUGCAAUAAACGUUUGAUGAUUACAAAGUCAUGCCUGGGAUGUUUUUCUGCACCCGUUUAAUCACAAUAAGGUCAAAAAAGACAAAGAAAAUUAUUCAUGAUAAAGUAGGUGCCAAGCAAUCAUAAUCAAUGUUUUAAUGUCUUCUCUUUUGCUGUUGUGGGGCCGGCACUCAUCCUUCAAAACUACUCUCAUGCUUCAUGGACAAUCUAGUUCUAAAUUAGAAAGUUUGUUCUCUUAAAUAACAUUAUCAUGGUAGUACUUAUUUUGUCAGAGUUGUGGCUGAAGAAAGGCAACAUUAGAACAUGUCUUCUGAUGAGUUUCUAUCAGAUUAAAAGUUAAGAUAAGGUAUAAAAGGUUAAAAACAAGGU